CUCCAAUGAAUAUAUUUUACUGCAAUUUCGCGCAUAUUUAAGUAUAUCUUCAUCGCUUAUCAUGGCUAAGAAUAAAGUGCUAAAAUCACAUGAUUCAGUCAAAAUGGCGACGAGUGCCUUUCAAAACAAAUUGAAUGACUUAGAAAGGCGACUGCAAGCUGAAAAUGAGUCCCACAGACGCGAUCGCACACCUCGAAACUUCGGACUUCACAUAGAGAGCCCAAGGAGACAGAGACCAACUGGUUUUGGUCCCACUAUAUCCCGGCCAGGCUCAGCUCCUCCUCACACAAGGACAAGGCAGAGGUUUGAAUGGGCCACCUCCCCACAGACUACAAAACCUUUAGACAGUGUUGACAUAGAACAGAAAUAUCAUGAGAUUAUGAAACAGGCAGGGAUUUUACACUUUAAUGGUCAAAAAAUUAAAAGUAAAAUAGUUGACCUUGAACCCAUGAUUGAACUGGGUCAGGGGACGUGUGGCCAUGUUGUUAAAAUGAAGCACAAGGGCACAGGACAUUUACUUGCUGUCAAGCAAAUGAGAAGAUCUGGUAAUAAAGAAGAAAAUAAAAGAAUUAUCAUGGACCUGGAUGUAGUCAUAAAAAGCCAUGAUUGUUCCUAUAUAGUGCAAUGUGUUGGGUAUUUUAUUACAGAAAGUGAAGUAUGGAUCUGCAUGGAAUUAAUGUCGACAUGUUUAGACAAAUUAUUGAAAGUGCUACAAGCACCUAUACCUGAGAAGAUUAUAGGAAAAAUGGCAGUAGCAAUUGUGAAAGCAUUGCAUUAUCUCAAGGAAGAGCAUGGAGUCAUUCAUAGAGAUAUCAAGCCCUCCAACAUCUUGCUGGAUGAAAAUGGAGUGGUGAAACUGUGUGAUUUUGGCAUCAGUGGGAGACUGGUGGAUUCCAAGGCUAAGACAAGGAGUGCAGGAUGUGCAGCUUAUAUGGCACCAGAGAGAAUUGAACCCCCUGAUCCCACCCGGCCAGACUAUGACAUCAGGGCCGAUGUGUGGAGUCUAGGCAUUACUCUGGUGGAACUAGCUACAGGUCAAUUCCCAUACACAAACUGUAGAACUGAUUUUGAAGUAUUAACAAAAGUCCUGGAGGAGGACCCCCCUCUUCUACCCUCAGGGUCAGGCUUCAGUAGUGAGUUCCAGUCUUUUGUGAAGGAAUGUCUUGCUAAGGAUUAUCGAAAGAGACCAAAAUAUAGGAAGUUACUGGAUCAUCCUUUCAUUAAGAAAUAUGAGACCGCUGAUGUGAAUGUGGCAGAAUGGUUUGCAGCAGUGCAGAGCAAAAACACCAGCAGCAUAGCUAGUGUGUCCACUCACCAACACAGAUGACUGUACAAGAACUGACCACGGGCACUGACCAUGACUCCAAGAUUAUUAUACCACCACUAUCAGUAUCAGUAUAGUCUUGUUUUGUAAUAAACAAAUGUCACAUGUAUAUUUCUGCAUUGUCACAGAGAACUUGGGUCGUUAGUCAUAGUUGAUAGCAGGAAUCUUGGUGACUAAAGUGACACCUGAUGACAGAGUGUGACUACAGUGACAUCUGGUGAGAGGCAUUGCGACUUGAGUGACACCUGGUGGUUGCAGAUCUGGUUUAUGUUAAGGAUUUAAGAUGCGCAGCAUUGUGCCCAGCAGUUAUUGUUUUCCAUGUAAGGUUACUUAUGUGCAAAGGUAAUUUUAAAGAAAGUUGCUGGGUGGUUUUCUAAAGAAGAAAAGGACAGAUGAAAUUGGUGGCAAGGUCUCCUCAUCUUUGUAGCAAUCUGGUUGGAUGGAGAGGAAAGUUAAAUAAUGAUAAGUUAUGGUAUUUACCUGGGCGCUGUGCAUUUGUGUUCACAUGAAUGUGAAAAUAUUUGUACUCCUGCAAGCGAGGGAAGAGAAUGGAAACCCAAAUCAUGACAAAAGUUUUUUCAGACAGAUUUCAAUGUUAUGUAAUACCACGCAUUUGCUCAUGAAUGGUGCUGGUGAAAAUGUUGUGGAAAAGAGGUGAUGUUGUUUUCUUUGCAGUUGUGUUGUAGUGUUAGUUCAAUAUAAUGAUUGAACUGGAUCAGAACAUGAAAUAACCAGCUAAAAUCGUGUAGUAGAUGAACAAGAAUGAUGUAUUUUCAUGAUGCAAAGAUCAUGUGAAAAAAUGUGGCAUAGCUUCAUCAGUGGAAGAGGGGUGAAAAUUAGAUUUUUCUUUGGUGUUUUAUGCAGUGUUUCUGUUGACAGCAGAGUACUGAUGGUGUUAUUAUGUCAUUUAUCAUGAUGUUGUCUUAUAUAUGAUGUCAGUUAUUGUGACAUACUGGUUUAAAAGAUCAUGGCGUCACUGUUCAUAAUGAUGUCACAGAUUAUGAUGUCACUGUCGAUAAUGAUGUAAUAGAUUAUGAUGUCACAGGUUGAUGUCACUGUUGUUGAUGAUGUCACGGAUUUUGAAUGUCAAGAAUGUAAUGUCACAGGUUAAUAAUAACUGAUUAUGAUGUCACGGAAAAUUGAUGAUAUCGGUUUGUUCAGGUCACAGUUGGAUUGACCAUAGAUAUACUUGUGCAGUACAUACAUCUUUGAUGGAUAAGUUGCUGGACCAUUGACCUGCAAUGCUUAAUGAUUGCCACGAUUGUAUAUUUAGGUUGUAAAUUAGUGGUUAUUUUAACACUUUCAUGCAUACAUUUUAUUGAUCUGUUGCAUUUGAAGCAACAGCUGACACUGUUGAGGUCACAUGGUCAUAUAUGAUGUCAUAUUUGACUCGGUGAUCUCACAUUGAAAAAAAUUGGUUGCAGAAAGGGUUACCCAAACCAGUGUCCUUGAGAUGUUACAUUGAUAGGAGUUUGUGAAGAAAUAGUUGAAGCAUGCAUGUUUCUGAGCUGAAGUUCUUAAUGAUUUUAUCCAGAAAUUUGGGUGCUUGUAAGACAUUAUUUUUUUUUUUAAUUUGGUAAGGGGGAGCCCCCAUGUUAAGCUGCACACCUUUGUCACUUGCAUUUUUGGAAUUUUUAAAAGGCCCAAUUUCAUCUCAGAUGUUUUAAAAUAUAACCUUAUUUUGCCAAGUGUGACUGAUGCGGGGUCGUUAUGAGGCUUUUCUCUUGAAAAUAUUCCUAAACAAAAUUUUCGAAUUCCAAGUCAAAUUUCUUUCACACAGAGUAGAUAACUCUGUGACAAACUUAUGUUCACUGUGCAUGAUUGCUGACUUAAAAGAUCAUGACAUUUUGUCAUUCCUCAUUUUGUUGAAUAUCUCUAUGACCAGGGCCACAGGAGAAUGAGGACCUCAGUAUGCAAUGCCGUGGAAGAAAAUAAGCUGGCAAAUUCUCUUUUGAGAAAUUAUGUUGAUUGUGUAAUGUAUUUUGCCUAUUUUAGGCAGACAUCAAGUGAAAUUGGAGGGUCUUCUGACUCGAAUUUUUAUGUAAAAAAUCCUAAUGUAGAAAAUCCAUUUCAACAAUAUGGAAUAAGUGAAUUGGAUAAACAGUAUUGUACUGGUACUGUAUUGGAUCUGGAUAUGACUUUGUUGUUGGCAGUAACAUUUUGCCAAAUUUUGAAUUUUGAGCAUCAACUAGUUGCAUUAAUGAUGAGUUCAUUUGGUGUGUAUGUUAAACCAGCGCCAUGUCAUAUAUCACUGUAAUUCCCAUCAAAUACAACCAUUUUCAUAUGAUGUAGAUCAAUCCAAAUUGAUAUUGUGGUCAUAUUUAUGCAACAUUUGCUAUGGUUUAUUUGUGUUGUACCAGAGCAGUAAUGUCAAUGUUAUCUUUGGAGGUUUGAAGAUGACUUUGUCAACUAUUGUUCUGAGGUUCUGCCAUUUCCAGUAUGGAAAUAGUUAACUUGGGGUGCAUUUAAAGUCAAGUUGUAACGAUUUAACUGAGUACCAUAUGGUCACAAGCCAUCACAGCUGGACAGCAAAUGUUACCUUUUUUUUUUAAAGAAAAUGUGCCAAGCUUUUUAAACCACCAUAGACAUUGCAACAUGUAGUCCCUCUCGGUUUUAAGCCACUGGUUCUAUUUUCUUAUUUUUCAUUUUUUAGGUCAAGAGUAAUUGAUAACUAAAUUGUUGUUAGUCAUCCAUUAUCUUCACGGAGUUAGGGAGAGGCGUGUUUUGGGCGCCACUGAAGACAUCCGGGCAACUGCCUAAAAUGUUAAGCUUCAGCUCUCGUGAUAAAUGAAAGGAGUCUCUUUGGCAAUAUCUAUUAUCGAACUGCAAGUGCCAGUACAAGCUGCGGACAGUUAAAGAAAAAAAAAACUAAUCCCGCUCUGCUUUAACCUCCUGAAGCAUAUGAAGGAUAUGUAGGACCCCCUAUUAGGGUCGUUGUCAUAAACGUACUCCGUGCAUAAGGUACCAUAAGCCCUGAAGGGGAGCUGAACCAUGUAUUUAAAUAAAUUGGUGUUCACAUAACCCAUGUAUGUUCAGUGUGACGGCGUGAAUGGUUCGCUCGUUUGCUAACCAUGACAAUGUUUUUUUUUUCCAGAAUA